AUGCCAGACAAGAUCCUGGACGACAUUUCCCACCGCCGAUACAAUCCCCUCCGUGGCAGCUGGAUCUUGGUGUCUCCUCACCGCACCAAGAGACCAUGGCAAGGCCAGCAGGAGAGCCCUGGAAUCAUCGACCUCCCUGUGUACGAUCCCAAAUGCUACCUGUGUCCGGGAAACACGAGAGCUUCGGGGGAUACCAACCCCAAGUACGAGAGCGCUUACGUCUUUGUGAAUGACUUCAGCGCCGUGAAAGAUUCACAGGAAGACUACAAGUCUCCGGAUGAACCAGGAAGCCUGUCGAGUCUUCUGUUGCAAGCCGAACCAGUCAAGGGCAAAUGCUAUGUCUUGACCUUCAGUGCCGCUCAUAAUAUCACAUUGGCGGACAUGUCCCCAGCCGAGAUCGUUCCAAUAGUGCAAACAUGGACAGACAUCUACACAGCACACAUAUCUCCCCAGUCACCUCUGGCUGCGCAGGCUAAGCCGUCUCAUCUACCGCCCUCUAACCCACACGCAAAUGUUGGGAGACCCAAGGACCAGUACCGGUGGAUGCAGAUAUUCGAAAACAAAGGUGCCGCCAUGGGUUGCUCUAACCCUCACCCCCACGGCCAGAUCUGGACAACUACCUCAUUGCCCGAAGAGGCCGCCAUAGAGUUGGAGCAAUUGCGGAAAUACAACCGUCAACAAGGCGGUGGACAUAUGUUGGUGGACUAUGCCCGCCUGGAACGAGAAAAGGACGAGCGAGUCGUCUUUCAAAACGAGACUUUCCUGGUGGUCUGUCCAUGGUGGGCGACCUGGCCGUUCGAAACAAUGAUCUUACCUGUCAAACACAUCCGCUCUCUGAUUGACAUGAGUGUGAAGGAACAGAUGGACCUGUCAGAGGCCAUUGCAGAGAUCACGAGGCGAUAUGACAACCUCUUCGAAACAAGUUUCCCCUACAGUAUGGGCAUUCACCAAGCACCGCUGGACGGGAACGAUGAGGAGAUUGAGUGCUCCAGUCUCCAUCUGCAUUUCUAUCCUCCGCUUCUGAGGAGCGCAGCUGUCAGGAAAUUCCUGGUCGGAUAUGAAAUGCUCGGAGAACCCCAAAGAGAUAUCACGCCGGAACAGGCUACAGUCAAGCUGCAGAAUUGCGGGGGAAAGUUGUACAGGGAGAAGCUGGGGGACAAGCAACGAGAACGAGUAGAGAAGCCGCCUGCGCCCGACAAGCCCACGAUCGAGCCCAUGCCCACCUCAUGA